CGGUCCCUGUCAGACCAAUCAGACUGUGGGUGGUUAUAAUUAUUUAUAAUUGCCGCCACCAGAACGGGCCAAUAACAAGACAACCACCUUUUAGAGAGUGAUGGAUGUAGCCUACACUUGGCAAUCCAUAGUACUGGUGCUGAUGUAGAAAAGGAUAGGCGACACAAAGUAUUGCUACUCUUAGAUCAUAGAUGUUGGCCCUAGAUCGGGAAAGCUAUAACCGCAUCUGUCUUUUACAUAUCUCUGGAUUCCACCAAUCUAUACUGCUGUACGCAGUAGCCCAUUGCCUACAACCUAUUGUAUAUAGAUAUAGCCUAGAUUUCAGUGAAUGAGAAGAGGUGGAGAAAAGUCAGUAGGUCAUUCUUAGAAGUUAAAUCAUAUUUCUUUCAAUUAAAAUUCAGCAGAAGUUGUAAUAAGCAAGAAAUAAAUAAUGGAUGUAUCUGUAGAAUUGUUUUGGUGUUCCUCAUGAUAUUUUCAUAUGUCUGUGUAAUGAUUCUUAACACGUGCUGAGCAUAACCUUACAUCUCUGAAAUGACUUCAGGAAGUCCUUUUGCGGUUCGCAGUUCCAACGGUAUUGUGUUAAGAGUUGGUCCACCUCAGUUACAGGAUCUUGAAAAAUAUGGCACUGUUCAAGGUAGAACAUGUAGAACUAUGUUGUUCAGCCCAGAUGGAUCCUAUUUUGCCUAUGUAAAUGGUCCAGUACUUAAAAUAGUACAUACAGAUAGUUGGGAAGAUGUAGCAGUAAUUGAAGGCGUUAAAGCUCAUCAUUUGGCGUUCUCCCCCAAAAGUACUUUUUUAAUGAGUUGGGAACAGUUUUAUACAACCAAGGAAGAUCCACAAGGCAAACCAAACUUAAAUAUCUAUAAAAGUGAAAAUGGAGAACUUGUAAAAAGCUUUGUUCAGAAGAAACAGGGAAAUUGGGAGCCUCAGUGGAGCUCUGAUGAGAAAUUGUUCAGUAGAAUUGUAAACACAGAUGUUGUCUUCUAUGAAAACUUGAACUUUGACAAAAUUGUAGCUAGAAUAAAUUGCUAUAAAAUAGCUGCAUACAGUUUAUCACCAAAUGUGGGAACUUAUUUUACUCUCUGCUAUGUACCUGGACAAUCAGGUCAACCAUCUUUUGGAAAAUUAUUCAAAUACCCGAGCUUUGAUAGUCAACAAUCAAUAGCAAGCAAGAGUUUUUUCCAAGCAGACAAAGUAGAAUUUUACUGGAAUUUAAAAGGAAAUAAUGUUCUUCUACUUACUUCAACCGAAGUAGAUAAAACUGGUGGAUCAUAUUAUGGUAAACAAGGUCUACACUUUAUGAGUCUAAAUGGACAAACUGCAAUGGUUACUAUGAGUAAAGAAGGACCAAUUUACAGCGUUGCUUGGUCUCCCAAAAACCAUGAGUUUUGCGUCAUUUAUGGAUUUGUUCCAGCAAGAGCAACAGUUUUUAAUUUGAAAUGUGAACCAGUUUUUGAAUUUGGGACUGGCUCUCGAAAUUCUAUUUAUUACAACCCACAAGGUAACCUGGUGUUGCUUGGAGGUUUUGGAAAUUUGCGUGGACAUGUUGAAAUAUGGGACACCACUAACAGAAAAUUAAUAGGUAGUUGUGAAGCUGCAGAUUCAACACUUUUGGAGUGGGCCCCUGAUGGGAUCCACUUUUUAACAGCAACAACAGCACCAAGACUAAGAAUUGGGAAUGGUUAUAAAAUUUGGCAUUAUUCUGGAGCUUUGUUGCAUGAAAAACAGAUGGAUGCACAAGAAGAACUUUAUGAAGUGUGUUGGAAGAACUAUCCACGUCAUACUUUCAAAGAACCUGCUAUUAGUUCAGAAAAAAUUGAAGGAAUAGCUUCAAGUCAGCCAGUAGCGUCCAAACAAGCUUACAGGCCUCCUUCUGCUAGGAAUCGUCCAGCAAUUCGUUUUAGUUUGGAUGAUGAUGAAGAGCAAGCACACAAACCAGGCUCUGAUUCUCAGAGUAAAGCAUCAAUUAAACAAAAAAAGAAGCGUGAUGCAAAAAAAGCGAAGAAACUUGAGGGUGAAGAUAAUAAGGAAGCUUCUGCUCCUGCGGUUGUUAGUUCUGUACAAAUUGCAUUAACUGGAGACCCAGAAAAAGAUAAGAAGUUGAAAAAUAUCAAGAAGAAAUUAGAUGCUAUUGAAAAACUGAAGGAGCAACAGGCGCAGGGAAAAACUUUGGAAAUCAAUCAGAUUGCAAAAAUUAAAGGAGAAUCUGAUUUGCUGAAGGAGUUGGAACAACUUCAGAUAUAAACCAGAGUAUGACUAUGUAUAAAAUCAAAAAUGGUUUUACUAUAAUAGCAAGGUUGUGUUAACUUUCUAUCAAAAAAGAUGUUUUUGUUGAUGUGAGUGAAUUUACUGUCUUUACUUUUUACAACUGCAACACCUAAAACAUUUGCAAUAAAACCAGUCAAAAGUA